AUGGCUGAAUCACUCCCUGAAAUGCAGUAUCGCUCCCUUGGCCGCACGGGCUUGAAGGUUUCUGUUAUCUCUCUUGGUAGCUGGCUUACCUAUGGCGGACAUGUCGGAAAUGAUAUUGCGUUUGACUGCAUGAAGGCUGCAUAUGAUGCCGGAGUCAACUUCUUCGACACCGCCGAGGUCUACUCGGGUGGACAGUCAGAGAUUGUACUGGGAGAGGCGAUUAAGAAGUUUGGAUGGAAGCAGAAUGAUCUGGUGAUUUCUACCAAGAUCUACUGGGGUAAAGCCAACAGCGCCAACCCUGACAAGCCGCUGAACAACCACGGCCUCUCGCGAAAGCACAUCAUCGAGGGCAUGAACCUGUCCCUCAAGCGUCUUGACCUCCCCUACGUGGAUGUGGUCUAUGCCCAUCGCCCAGACCGCGACACCCCCAUGGAGGAAGUCGUGCGUGGCUUCAACUACUUGAUUGACAAUGGCAAGGCAUUCUACUGGGGUACAUCCGAGUGGUCUGCUAGUGAAAUCGCCGACGCUUGGCGCAUUGCUGAUAGACUGGGUCUCGUCGGCCCCGUCGUGGAACAGCCGCAGUAUAACCUUCUCGUACGCGAGCGCGUUGAGAAGGAAUACCGCUGGCUGUAUGAAGCUCACGGUCUGGGAUUGACUGUGUUCUCGCCUCUCAAGGGCGGUAUUCUUACCGGCAAGUAUAAUGAUACUACCUCGCCUCCUCCUGAAUCUCGGCUGGCGCAGUCUGGGGAUGGGUAUAUCGAGAGCCUGCGCAAGACUGUCGGUGACGAUACCUGGCAACGGCAGUUGAAGCAGACUGCUGCGUUGAAAACGGUUGCGGAGGAGCUGGGUGUUUCUACGGCGCAGUUGGCCUUGGCUUGGAUUCUGAAGAACCCUAAUAUCUCUUCCAUGAUCACCGGUGCGUCGCGGCCGGAGCAGGUCCGCGAUAAUGUGCGUGCCUUGGCUCUUGUCGAUAAGUUGACCGAUGAGGUUAUGGAGAAGAUCGAGGCAGCGGUUGGAAACCAGCCUGAGGAGGAGAAACGGCGGCUCUAG